CGUGCUGUACACCCAUGCUGCCUCCCUUUCUGGUCCUGCGAACCACAAUGGCCAGGAUCCUGUGAGCUGCCUCUCCGUGCAGACGCGCCUCACAGCAGCAGGAGCAGCUGCAGCUCCUCGGCGGCAGAUUCGCUGACACCGACACGCAGGUGAAGGAAUAUGAAACGCUUCUGAGAUAAAGGUCAAUGUGGUCACUGAAGCAGCAAUCAAAGAUAGUUGUCAUUCGUCGUGGAUUUUUGAAGCCUGUCUCUAUAGCAACCCAUUUGUCCUCCUGAGCGCUGCUGCCAAGUUACCCUCUCUGCCACACGGCAAGUCUCUCCUCAUCCCCCUGUCCAAUCACCGUCUCUGAACUGCGUCGGUAUGGACACGGAGUCGACCCACUCUGGCUACUCCUAUCACUCCAGUCGCUCCGGGAGAUCAAAUCGGCAUGGAGAUCGAAGCCGUGAGCGACACAAAGCCAGCAGCAGUAAAGACAGCAGCCGCUCGGAGAGAUCUGUGGUCAUCAAUCCCCCCGACACCCCUUCCCAGGACUCCCCAGUUCAUAACGGAGAACCGCUGCCUGGAGAGCCCACACCUGCAGCAGAACAAGGAGAUGAGGCACAGGAUGAUAACUGGGGAGAAACCACCACCGCUGUCACAGGAACGUCAGAGCUCAGUGUUUCCCAGGAGGAGGUGGUGGGCCUGGGGAAAGGAAUACAAGACCGGACCCAAGGCUUUCGCCGUUACCUUCCCUUGGCUGUGGGCUCAUGCGUGGGGCUGCUGGUGCUCGCCACGCCCUUGGUGUUCCUGCUUCUUCCAGCAGUAAUGUGGCCCGACAGGCUGCAGGUCUGUGGUGCAGCCUGCGAGGGGCUCUUCCUCUCCAUUUCCUUCAAACUCCUCAUCCUCCUGGUAGCUGUUUGGGCCUUAUUUCUGCGACCCAGCCGGGCCUGCCUGCCAAGAGUGUGUGUGUAUCGUGCCUUCCUCAUCACGCUCACACUCCUGCUCACUAUGUCUUAUUGGCUCUUCUAUGGGGUCCGGAUCCUUGAUGCUCAGGAUGAGGAUUACCACGGCAUCGUCCAGUUUGCUGUGUCCCUCGUGGACUCCCAGCUGUUUGUUCACUACCUGGCAGUCGUACUUCUGGAACUCCGCCAACUCCAGCCCUGCUACAGCGUGUGUGUCAUCCGCUCCACAGAUGGAGAGACUCGUCACUACAACAUAGGACAGCUCAGCAUUCAAAGGGCCGCUCUGUCCAUUUUGGAGUAUUACUACAGAGAUUUUCCACUCCAUAACCCGGCCCUUCUCUCUGCUUCCAAACACCGAGCUGCCAAACACCUGGCUGGGUUAAAGGUCUACAAUGUAGACGCCCCAGGGAAUGCAGCAGGGGCUCAGCCAAGUAAUGGAAAUCAGUCACGGGCUAUGGUUACAGCUGCCGGCAAACGUAAAGACAGCGCCCACAAUGAGCUGUACUACGAGGAAGCCGACUAUGAAAGAAGAGUACGUAAACGUAGAGCCAGGCUGGUAGUUGCUGUUGAGGAGGCCUUCACACAUGUCCGCCGCAUGAAGAAAGAAGAUGAGCGUGCAACACCGUCUGACAUUAUGGAUGUGCGAGAGGCAGCUCUGGCUAUAUUUCCUUCUAUGGCUCGGGCCCUGCAGAAGUACCUCCGCACCACCAGGAGGCAACACUGCCACAGCAUGGAGAGCAUCCAGAAGCAUCUUGCUUUCUGCCUGGUCAAUAACAUGAGUCCUAAGGCCUUCCUUGAGGCUUAUCUCGUGCCUGGUCCAACCCUGCAGUACGGCCCCGAGCGCUGGAUGGCUGAUCAGUGGACCUUAGUGAGCGAAGCAUCUGUGACCAGCGGCAUUAAACAGGGGACAGAGUUCCUUCUGAAGUGUCUCGACUUUAGCUUAGCCAUCACCAUCAAGAGCAUCCCUUAUAUCCGACUGACUGAAGAGUACAUCGAUCCCAAGUCGCACAAGUUUUUACUGUUGCUCCAAUCAGAAACUUCAGUUUAACAGCGGCAGAGUGGACGAGCGCUGCUGCUCUGGACUUGCAGAACUGUUGCAGUUACCCAACUGAAUUUUUUCAAGAAAUAUCUUUUUGUACUGUUUUUUGUACCUAUGUUUAUGUAGUUUUCUCACAUAUAGAGUAUUUAUGUCUUUGUCUUUGUCCCAGGAGUCUUGAAAGAUGAUAAAAGACACAAAAUGAGGAGAAAUGCACUGAAAUGUUCUCUGUCGUGACGUUUGCAGAACACAGUUCAGUUAUGUCUCUAUGCACUACAGAUGACCCUCACAAACGUUUAGCUUCCUUUACGUGCAUGUGCCGGUGCGUGCCUGUAUAGGAGCGGUUGAGAUUUUUAGAAUGCAAAUGUGUGCGUUAGUGUGGUUUUUAUCGUAGUGUACACUGGGGUCUGUCUCUCUCCAAGACAUUUGAUAUAAACUGAACCUCUCUUUUUUCA